CUAACCUAACCUAACCUAACCUAACUAAAAAAGAACUUUUCCAACCUAGAAACUUUACUCUGGAAAUUUAACUAUAAGUUCUAUCCAUUAUGAGGAUUUUAGCAAGAAAAUUUUGUUCGCUGAAUACUCUGACAGCUGAUCAGUUAAAGAAUCAUUUAAAAGCCUGUAAAGGCUUUGAAGGGGUUCUUAAAAAUUUGGAUAUAGUGAGUCUUGAUAAUGGUAAAUGUGUCGCAGAGAUGAAAAUUAAAGAAGAGCACACGAAUCCAAUUGGUACCCUGCACGGUGGUUUAACAGCCACUCUUGUGGACGUUGUCUCGUCAUAUGGCUUAAGUUCGUUAGAGAAGGGCAAUGUGGCUCAUGUAUCUGUUAAUUUGAAUGUGAGAUAUCUGAAGGGAGGAAAAUUAGGAAAAACGGUUGUGAUUGAAUCAGAAACUGUAAGGUGUGGAAAAACCCUUGCUUUUCUUGAAGUGAUCCUCAAAGAUAAGGAAACUGGAAAUAUAUUGGCAAAGGGGGAGCAUACCAAGUAUUUACUGAAUGCUUGAUGAGGGAAGAAAGAUACAUUGGAUAAUAGGAAAUGGUAGUAUCAUCACUGAAGUGCAUGAGUAGGGGAAAAGUCACUUCGUUUAUGAAACAUUGGAAGUGGACAAGUGGAUGAAAAUGUUGAUUUUUGAAACUGUUACUUAAAAUAUACAAAUAAAUGAUUAUUUAUAA